ACUAGUCCAAUAAGAACAGGUGCUAUUGUUGACGCGAAGCCAUUCUAAGCGUGAGGAUAGACCUCGGUGGACAGGCGUGUAUGUGAGUGAACCAAGGAAGAACACUUCUGGGGUUGUCGAUCGCAGAAGGGAUGGCUGAUUUCCAGGAGAUGUGGCAAGACAUUGAAACGGUCAUCCUGGGAGUUGGUGGUCCAGUACACGCACACAUGGCUGACGGGCCCACAGAUCCACCUCCUGCAAUGUACUCGAGCAAGAGUCCAAACAACAUCCCUGGUCCUGGAGGUAAACUCGAGGUAGAUUGUGUCUUUCCUGCCAAUUCCUGUUCUCCCAUAGAACCAGGUUACUACAACGAAUCUGGCUGUAGAUCUGGGGCAGGAGAUCAACAAGUUCCAGUAGUUUCGCCAAACAGUUUCUACCUGCCUUCCUCAUCUGGGGAGGAGGACUUCGCAACGAGCAAACCAGAACCAUCCUCCCUGUAUUUCCCUCCUGUCUGCAACAAAAUAAAGUCAGAGAUGCCUGAUUCUUCGUCACCGGAGCAGAUCUACUUACAGCGCCAGAAUAUGGCCAGCUAUUCGUAUCCGGCAGCACACAGAAGCAUACAGCCCUUCGGACCGCCUCCCUACGUCGGACAGUCAUACCUUCAAAAUGCAACUGGAGGCCCUCCUUCUGCUCACAUUCCCUUCGGACAAAUCUCUCCACCGGCCACUCCAGAUGCUUGCCACGCAUUCUAUCAUCAUCCUUCCGGUUCGAAUUACGCCGACUUGUACCACAACCGGCAUACGCAGGUCCCCCACUUCAAAAUCCUUACACCACCAUCAUCUCCACACCUUACUGGGCAUUUACAGAAUGCGACAGGGUCGUUCCUAGGGCCUCAUCAACAUCCGCUCUCACAACCGCACUCGCACUCACAUCUUAGAAAUCCCAUACCACCACCACCCUCACCAGGAACUUCGGAGCAGCCGCCUCCAGCGAAGCCUCGACGUCGGAGGAACUGGAGUAGAAGGAAAGUAAUUGUGCACACGUGUUCUCAUCCCGGGUGCGGCAAGACUUACACCAAAUCGUCGCACCUGAAGGCCCAUCUGCGCACGCACACGGGCGAGAAGCCGUACCAGUGCAGCUGGAAGGGCUGCGGCUGGAAGUUCGCUCGCUCGGACGAGCUGACUCGCCACUACCGUAAGCAUACCGGCGACCGGCCGUUCCAGUGCCGGCUCUGCGAGAGGGCGUUCUCGCGCUCCGACCACCUCUCGCUGCAUAUGAAGCGCCAUAUGACUAUGUAGCGGCAAGUGACCACAGGUACCGACGAACCUAGUCAAAAAGGCCAGCAUUUUCUUCUGUGUGGCAGUGUCGCCUCUCUGAUGUGCCAUGUAUACAUAUUGUAAAUAUUAAUGUAUCUUGCCACCUCUUGUAUAUACACCACACUCUAGUGUGUAGUUCCAUGUAACCUCAUCAAAUAAAUGUACGUAUUUUUAAUUGAAACAAAAUACACAAAUUUACGUGCUGAGUUCCAAGAUCCAAAUUCAUUUU